GGAUUCUAUGAAAGUGGAGAACGUAACAUGUCAACUUCCAAAUUUGCACUUGAUGUUUACUUGAUGUUGAAUCUUAAUUUGUCCAGGUGGCGAAAUUGUUUACGAAAAAGCAUAAAUAUAACCGACCUUUUACCCCUUGCUCCGUCGAAAUCGCACACCUUUCCCUCAUCUCCCCUUAAAGGAAUGUUUCAACCGUCGAUGAAAUUUGAUGCUCCUGCUUAUUGUUCUGCCCCGAACUUCAUCUCUUCUCAUAAAACAAAAUCUCCCACUCUCCAGGCAACUUCAAAUUUGACACGUUGCACGUUGGCUCCAAUCACAAGCCUAAUUACGUCCAUUACUUCUUCGUCACCAACGAAUGAAAUUAUGAAUAACAGUAAUACAAUGUUCCCUAUUGUUUCUUGUCAAUCUAGCGCUUCUUCCAAUGGUAAAAAUAAACGCGGCAGAAAGCCCUUACCAACAAUGCCUUCUGAAAAGAGGCAUUUCAGAAAUUUAGUCAACCAACGCGCAUUCCGUGAACGUAAAAAAACUUACGUUCGUGAUCUAGAAACUAAAGCUUCAAAAUUCGAAGCUUUGUAUACUGAAUCUCUAACUGAGAUUAAAUCAUUGAAAGAAAGGGUCGCGUUGUUAGAAAAAUUCAUUGCAAGUAAUAAUAUGAAUGAUGCCGCUGAUGGUUAUAUGGUCGAAGAUAAUCAUCCCAAUGAAAAUCGUUUACCUCAGGAAAUCUACAAACGCAAAGAAAACGUGUCAUAUACGAUGUCCACUGUCUCAGAUCAAUAUUCAAGUUAUCCUUCAACGUCUGGGAAUUGUAACUUGUUAUCGUUCCCUCCAAGUACCACAUCAACAUACAUACUUAAUGAUGUACGACAGCGACAAAGAAGUAACCAACAACUUGAAGAACCUUUUCAAAAUUCUUUACAAUCAGAUACUAUUAAUAAUCCUACCCCUGCAUAUGGUCCUCGUUCUCCAACUCACUCUUCCUCUUCAAUUGAAACAAUGGAAUCUGGUGAAAGCAAUGGUUCGGCUGUAACUUUAAAUGGUCUCUCUAAUCCAAUGACCACUUCCACUUCUUUCUAUUCCAUUUUUUCAAAUGAACAAAAAAGUUAUUGGAUACCUACUUUACCGGCUGCUUCUAAUGAUGAAGAAUCCGCGUGGCAGAAAUUAGAUCAACAAAGAUGGCGUUCACUGGCAUCAACAUUACCACCGCACCUUCAAUAUGAUGUCAAUCGGGGAAGUUAA